CUUGCUCACAGUCAUAAAAACCUGAAGAGCCAUCGACUGUGCAUCUUGUUCGUAGGCGAUCAGGUCCAGUACUACAUAUUCGGCUGGCAUAUUGGCACUGUACAUCCAUCCACCCGUCCUAGCAGUCUUGGGGACCUCAUUCAUUUGGACGUCACAUCUGUACCUCUCAACUGGCCAACCCUCCUCAAAACCAUGGAUUAUAUCGAUAUGCCAGUCAUACAAGUGUCGACGCCUACGACUCUUCAUGUCUAUAUAGACGCCCCGCGCUUUCAAACGCUUCUACAGUACCUAGAGAGCGGAAGGCAAUCACACCAGCAUCUCCAACACAUUCUCAUAUCCAUGUUCACCGGAUACGAUUUGAAUUCUCAGGAGCAGCUGGCACUCUACUCCCCCUGGACUGUCGGCACUAAUGCCCAAACCUGGAUCAAUUCUCUCCUUCGAUAUUUACCCCCGUCAGUACAGACUUUCAAGGUGGACUGCCCGUCUAGCACAAACUACGGGAAGGCAUUGUUCAAUGCUAUACAGGAGGCCACUGACGCUUCGGGUCGCCCAUGGACAAUCAAAGUACACAGGCUCAUACUUUGGGGCCAUAGGAACGACAAGGAUCUCGUCGGGCUGAUGUCACAUUUCGAGAAUGUCCGUCAGUUUUACCUCGCACUCAGCGGCCGUGAUGGCAGGCGGGCGACUUUCUUCGAGGGCGCUUUUAACGCGAUGGAUCUCGAGCUGCUCUCCAUAUCGAUGGACUUCGAAGAAAUAUCCAGGUAUGGGGAGGAUGAGGAGGUUUUCGAGGAUGACGGGGACAAAGGCAAAUGGGAACGGACGUUAAGAGCUUGUUCCACUGUUGCCCAACGCUUCUCGGCAGAGCUGCAGAGGGAGGGAGCGUGUCGGAACCUCGCCGCUUUUAAGCUCACUUUGAGCGAAUGGCACGAUGGAGUUCGAGAGGACAAGACGACAUCGGAACAUUUCGUCAGGGCUGUCAGUAGCCUGCACCCGUUGGGUGAUAGACUUACUGUUCGGAACCUCGACCUCAUCGCGACCUGCGCGAAAGAAUAUUGCCAACCGCACCGGGUCGGGAAUGCCCUUAGCGCUGACCUUGAUAGGGUCGGUAACGGCCCUACCUUUCGUCGCAAACCACCCAUCGACGCCUUUCCUCGGUAUCCGAACCUUACAACCUUGCGGCUGAGUGAAUUUGGCCCGGAGCCGGAGAUGUUUAGGCGGCUGGGUUGUCAGCAGUUGAAGGAGCUGUAUGUCACCAUUAUCGAGGACGAUGAGUUUGGUGACUUGUUGGAGAGCUUGAAACUGCCAGAGCUGGGGAAACUGAGAAAGGUGGGGGUCAGUUUUGGGCAGAAGCCUUAUUUCGACGUAGAUCCGGACUAUUAUGAUGGGAAGUGGGAUCGGGCUGAGAUUGAGAGCUCUGCACAUAUGAUUGAGGAAAAGUGCCGCAAGCGGGGUAUUAGCAUCAACGUCGAGUAUCCCCCGGAAAGUGAGGAUGAGGAUGGCGAGGAAGAGGAAGAGGAUGAGGGUGAGGAUGAGGAGGACGCGAACGAGGAUGAGGACGAGGAGUAAAUAUAACGCAAUUCUGCAGUAGCUCUAUU